AACGUGCUGUUUUGACGUUAGACGUUUCCCGACACACGCGACACUUGCUUACCUACUCGGCGAGAUCACUGACACGACGCGCGACACACGACGAGAUUCCCCGACACGACGAUUCCCCUUACACCUGGAGGGAUUCCUGCCACAAAGUCAAACUUUGCUGUCCUGACGAUGUCCUGACGGAUGCCAACCGUUGCAGCUGCAUCUCAAGGCCGCGACCCACGACGCGGUUGUUAGAGUUCACUGGUUCAAGAUGGAGGUCGUGGCGGAGAGUAGCUCUGCGUCGUUGGUGCUGCAGCAGGAGGUGACGGAGCAGAGGAGAAAUGAGAACCGGGUGUGCAAGGUGCUGGACGAGCUUCGGCAGGGUGGCUUCUUCUGUGACGCCAGCAUCCGCUGCGGCAACAAAACCUUCAAGGUGCAGCGGAACGUCAUGUCCACCUGCAGCCCCUACUUCCGGGCCUUGUUCACGUACGACGAGAACCCGGGAGAACUUCCCAAGAAGAAGAAGAGAGCGAUGAGCGAAAUUAACAUCCAAGACAUGUCUCCAGAGAUCAUGGAGAUUGUAAUCAGGUAUGCGUACACCCGGGAUGUGCCGUCGGACAUGUCGACAGUCGUACAGAUCAUCCAGGCUGCCGACAGGUUCCAGAUUGAAGGCCUUCUCAAGACCUGCUGUCACGCCCUCGUGCAGGAGAUCAGCCUGGAGACGUGCAUGCAGAUCCGGUCCUUGGCGCGCGCCUUCCCCUUCUCUUGCUGCGCCAUCAAGGUGGCAGCUGACAAGUUCUUGCUGGAGAACUUCACCUGGAUCUACUGCUUCUCCGCCGACUUCCUGCAGCUCGACACCGACGACCUGUGCGACGUCCUGGCCAACGACCGUCUCAACGUCCGCACAGAGUCCAUACCGUUGGACGCUGUGUGCAGGUGGGUCGCCUACGACUUCGAGCAUCGCUACACCCACGCAGACCGACUGCUGCGCCACGUGCGACUGGGUCUCAUCACCAACGACGCCUUCUUCCGCAUCCUCAACUACCACAAGCUCAUCGCCGCCUCGCCUGCAGUGCACUCCGUGCUGCUCAACGCCUCCAGACUCAUGGGGCAGCCCGAGGUGCGAGGAUCCGCGCAGCUCAGCGUGCCCCGACUGCCCAACGACCUCGUCUUCGUGUUCGGGGGAUCAAACCUCGGGUGGCCCUUGCAGAUCGUCGAGACCUUCGAUAUUCGAUCCCUGACGUGGAAAGAGUGCAGCGCCGCGGACUUUGGUCCCCGGUCCUAUCACGGCACUGUGGUCCUGGGGCAGGUGGUGUACAUCGUCGGUGGUUUUGAUGGCUCCGACUACAUCAACUACUGCUGCGCUUUCUACCCGGCCUUCUCCAGAUGGGCACACGUCGCACCUAUGCACGACAAACGAUGCUACGUAAGUGUCGCCAUACUGGACGGGUACAUCUACGCGCUGGGAGGGUUUGACGGGAGGAUACGACAGAGGUCAGCUGAGCGCUUCUACCCGUCCUCCAACCAGUGGACCCUCAUCCAGCCCAUGCUGUGUCCGCGCAGUGACGGCGGCGCCGCAACGGUCAGCGGCAAAAUUUACAUGUUGGGUGGCUUCAACGGACAGGAGAGUCUCAGCUCUGCCGAGUGCUACGACCCGCUGACCAACCAGUGGACGCUGCUGCAGCCCAUGCGCGAGUGCCGUAGCGGGGUGGGCGUGGUGGCGCACAGGGGGUGCGUGUACGCGGCUGGGGGGUUCAACGGCACACGCCGCCUCAACAGCGUGGAGCGCUACGACCCGGAUGAGGACGAGUGGCGCCCCCUUUCGCCGAUGCUCAACGCUCGCAGCAACUUUGCCAUGACGGUUAUCGAGGACAUGCUGAUGGUGGUAGGAGGCUACGGAGGUCGACACACCACCACCAGAGUGGAACUCUUCGACGUUUACGGUGACCGGUGGAGCAUUUCUACUGAGCUCAGUUACUCCAGGAGCGCUCUGAGCGCGUGCGUCGUCUCGGGGUUACCCAACGUCGAAGAGUACACACUUCGUUAAAAGUCGUUAAAAUCAAGUCCUCGAGUUUUUCUUUUAGAUGGAAUCUCUCGCUGUCUAACAUAUUUUUUAUUAUGUACGAUUGUCGCUACGGCAGACAACUCAAACUGUCAGCAAUAUUUCAGACUUGUCUGCUCUUUUAGAAAUUGCAUGUUUUGCUAAUCUUCAAUCAGAUUCAGCUUUUCGAAGUGAAGCUAUUUUGUAAUGAGGCUAUUUUAAGACUAUUUUAAGGCUAUUUUAAGACUAGAAAUAGUUUGUUAAGCUAAUGCCUUAGAUUAUAAAUAUAAAGUGAACAUUUAAUAUUUUUGGACACGUAUGCUAUUUACAAAAUAUAAACAGAACGUUUUGACGAGUUUAGAAAGCACUCUAGUAUCUAGUAGCAAAUUAUACAUGGACCUGAAAUGAUGAGAAAGAACAUAUUGAAACUUAGAGAUUACUGUAGUUUUAUAGUGGUUUACGCUUUACACUGUGAGUUUGGAUUUUGUGUAUGCAAUAAAAGAGAUGAAUGAUGAAAAUAAAUGUCCUGUAGAUGCUGCA